GUUGUUGUUCUCUCGCCUCACGCCCGCCUCAGUCAGCUCGAGCUGAGAUCCGGAGCUGGUCUACUGGGAGGCUGGCGGCAGUCUCCGCCCUCUCUCCCGGUUCGCUGAAGCUGCGGCAGGAGCGGGUGCUGACUGAACGCCUCCCGGUGGGUCUCCGAUGCCCUUCGGCAGAGAGGGGGCGUCUGGACCCUGGUGAGCGUACCCAGAGCCCCCCGACUCGGUGUCUUCACCCGCUCCUCGGGCCGGCACACCCGUGUGUCUGCCAUGGCUGAGAACGCAGAUGGUGACCUGAACUCUAACCUGCUCCACGCCCCCUACCUCACCGGGGACCCCCAGCUAGACACGGCCAUCGAGCAGUGGCUGCGUUGGGACAAGAAUCCCAAAACGAAAGAGCAAAUUGAAAAUCUCUUGCGGAAUGGGAUGAACAAAGAAUUGCGUGAUCGACUUUGUUGCCGAAUGACUUUUGGGACUGCAGGACUUCGGUCUGCCAUGGGGGCAGGGUUUUGCUACAUUAAUGACCUUACAGUAAUACAGUCAACACAGGGGAUGUACAAAUACCUAGAAAGGUGUUUUUCAGACUUCAAGCAGCGAGGCUUUGUUGUUGGGUAUGACACUCGGGGUCAAGUAACCAGCAGCUGCAGCAGCCAGAGGCUUGCUAAACUCACUUCUGCAGUGUUGCUUGCUAAAGAUGUUCCUGUUUACCUUUUUUCAAGAUACGUUCCUACACCUUUCGUACCAUAUGCAGUCCAGGAGCUCAAAGCAGUUGCAGGUGUGAUGAUUACUGCAUCUCACAACCGCAAAGAGGACAAUGGAUACAAGGUUUAUUGGGAAACUGGUGCUCAAAUCACAUCUCCACAUGAUAAAGAAAUUCUGAAAUGUAUAGAAGAGUGUGUGGAACCCUGGAAUGGUUCCUGGAAUGAUAAUUUAGUAGACACCAGCCCACUGAAGAAAGAUCCUCUCCAGGACAUUUGUAAGAGAUACAUGGAAGAUCUGAAAAAGAUCUGUUUUCACAGGGACUUAAAUUCAAAGACCACCUUGAAAUUUGUACAUACCUCCUUUCACGGAGUUGGACACGACUAUGUGCAGUUGGCUUUUCAAGUGUUUGGUUUUAAGCCUCCAAUUCCCGUCCCAGAACAGAAAGAUCCAGAUCCAGACUUUUCUACUGUUAAAUGCCCAAACCCUGAAGAAGGAGAAUCUGUGCUGGAACUGUCCCUGAGACUGGCAGAGAAAGAAAAUGCCCGGAUAGUGCUAGCCACAGAUCCUGAUGCAGACCGGCUGGCAGUGGCAGAACUUCAGGAGAAUGGUCACUGGAAAGUUUUCACAGGGAAUGAGUUGGCGGCUUUGUUUGGGUGGUGGAUGUUUGAUUGCUGGAAGAAAAACAAACCCAAUGCUGACGUGAAGAACGUUUACAUGCUAGCCACCACUGUCUCUUCUAAAAUCUUAAAGGCCAUUGCACUUAAAGAAGGAUUUCAUUUUGAGGAAACAUUACCAGGCUUUAAAUGGAUUGGAAGUAGGAUAAAAGAUCUCCUAGGACAUGGGAAAGAAGUCCUUUUUGCAUUUGAAGAGUCUAUCGGCUUCUUGUGUGGAACCUCAGUGCUGGACAAAGACGGGGUGAGUGCGGCUGUGGUUGUUGCUGAGAUGGCCUCUUUCCUGGAAACCAGGAAGGUGACACUGACAGAGCAGCUGGCCAAAGUCUACGGAAAAUACGGUUAUCACAUGUCAAAAACUUCCUAUUUCUUGUGUUAUGACCCACCUACCAUCAAAACUAUAUUUGAAAGGAUUCGCAAUUUUGAGUCUCCAAAGGAAUACCCAAAGUUCUGUGGGGCAUUUGCUAUCUUGCACGUACGGGACAUAACCACUGGAUAUGACAGCAGCCAGCCCAGUAAGAAAUCAGCACUGCCUGUGAGUAAAAACAGCCAAAUGAUUACGUUUACUUUUCAAAAUGGCUGUGUUGCUACUCUUCGAACAAGUGGGACAGAACCAAAGAUAAAGUAUUACGCAGAGAUGUGUGCAUCGCCUGGCCAGAGUGACACUGCCUUACUGGAGGAAGAAUUAAAGAAACUCAUUGAUGCUCUGAUCGAGAAUUUUCUUGAGCCCAGUAAGAAUGGACUGAUCUGGCGUUCUGUGUAGGGCACAUCAGUACAUUACGACUUUGCACUGACGUGGAAUGAAGAACUCUUCACAGUGAACCUUGUGUUGGAAUUCUGUCAUCUGCCAAGUUACCUUUCCCCUUUCCCUUCUUUAGUUCAGCCGGCUAAAUAGAUGCUGUACAUUUGAAAUGAGAAUGUUUGGAGAGAUAUGAGUCAAAUGUUUUCCUAAUCUUAAGUGACAGUCAGUACAUUGAAAGUGUUCAGUGGCACACCAUUCCUCCCAUGUCACAAACAGUACAAAAGUGAGUUCUCUUAUUAAACUGUGGCUAAGCCUAGUUACGUAUCUUGUAAUUGUGUAUAGCAUGGUUUAAAAGAAACAUACAACUAUAGGGUUAGUUAAGGAAAUUAUUUCUUAAAGGUGUGUGUGUUGCUGGGAGUACUGUUCCUACCCAUUGUAGAAUAGUAUCAUGUCAUGACGUAGGUAUUGAUUUUCAAGUUAGAAACCCAGCUUGGUGGCACAUUCCUGUAAUUACAGCCCUCAGGAGGCUGAGGCAGGAGGAUCAUUAGUUAGUUUAUGGCCACCCUGGGCUGCACAGUAAGAUUGUCUUUAAAAAAAUGUUUAUAGGUUAUUUAGGUUUCUGAUGUAGGACAGAUGUUAGAGUCUGCGGUUUGCACUUCUGUUCCAGGUGUCCCUGUUGUGGUGUGUAUCUACUGUGUGUAUUUAAGAGUGACUGACGUUUACCGAACAUAAACAAUAGUGGCAGCAUGCCUAGUGGUUUGUUCUUGUCACAUUUCUCAGUGCAUUCUCAGGGUCUGCUGUGAACUACGCAGUGUUCCUGCAUUGGUAGGAUUUCAUCAGUCCAUUUUCAGAUGGUUAAGGGAAGUCUUCCAAACUGGAUAGGUGCUUCCUCUGCAGAAAACAGGUUUUGUUGGCUCUAAAAAAUGGUUGUAGGAAAAGAUCUUAAUCAAAUCUGGCUUCAUGUAACUGUAGUUGAAUGUACUAGGAAUCAGUUAUCAUAGCCUGUAAGUGAGGAAAAAAAAAAAAAUCUGUACUGUGGAAUGAAUGGCAUUUAUUUGACAGUCUCUUUGAAUUACAUUUUUAUAAGUAGAUUUAUUUAUUCUUUUAUCUGAUAAAGUAAUGCUAAUUUUACUAAGAAAUGAAACAUCAAGAUUUAAGUAUUUUCUACCACCUUGAUUCAGUACCCAGUCUCAUUUUAUCUCAGAAGCUAAACAAGGUUAAGCAUGGUUGAUGCUUGAGUGGGAAAUUGUAGGUAUUACGAAACACUGAAAGUGAUGUUUAAGAAGAAGGUCAGUUUAUUUCAGUGUGUUGCUGACUUUGGAAUUUCUGCUAAUAUAAGUAAUAUAAAUAUUCUUCAUCUUUUUCAGUAUGAAAACAGUUUUCAGAAAAGGCGUUUGUGGUUUAUUCUCUAGCCUUCUAAAAAGCCCUAAUAGAGAAAUAUUAUCUAAGCUUUUCACAUUGUUUGUCUCUCUAUAUAGUUUACAGAAUGCGUGCUGUAGAUAGGAUAACAGUAAUAAGGCCUUAGGGUGUAAUCAUUGAAACAAAGUUGCCUAUAGGAGACAGCACUGAUACUAAUUUACUUCCCAAAAAUAGUACCAUGAAGCCGAAACUGAUUAGAAUGUUAGUGAAAUCAUGGUUUGGCUUGUUGCAGCUUUGAGUUAAUUCUGGUUGAGCUAGUAUAAUUCAAACAUAGUUUUCACAUUAUGUUGCCACUAUUGUUGGUUUGUUCCUUCCGUGCUGUCUUAGAGCCGGGUCCUGUAUGACUGUAGAUAAUAAUAGCUAGUUAGUGUACAGUACCAGUUUUCUGUAUGGGUUUAUUUUAAAGGCUUUGCAUUAGAGAAGAAGUAUAUAGAAUGUUGUGUUUUAUUCUUAAAAUGUAUAAAAUGUUUUUGUUUUAUUGGCUUUUAGGAGUAUCAACUGUAAUAUAGGAAAUGGCAUGUAUUCUACAAAGUGGUAUAAUCAAAGCUAUAUAUAUAUAUGGAAAAACAUACAUAUUCAGUUUUAGUGUCUGUGUUCCAGUGACCCAAGAACAAAAUGAAACUAAAGUGAUAUGAUAGCCUAUUCAUAAUCACAAAAGCCAUGUCAUGAUUGUCAUCCAUUUAUGAAGAGAACGUUUUUGUUUGAAUGCGUUAACAUAUACAAGAUAGAAGUCAUCUUAAAGUGAAGUUACUGACGUUUGAGCUCUUAUCUUGAAAAGCUAAAUUCCAGUUAUAUAUAAAGGUUCCCAAAGUGUAUAUAGGUUGAGGAAACUAUGUGAUUUUGUCUAAAUUCUUGAAUCCGUCUGAGCAUGUUUAACAUGAAAAUGGGUGCAUCGGUCCCUAACAGGAAAGGGUGUCAGCCAGUGGGCCUCAGCUUCACCAGGCACCACGUUGUUCGUCUCUCUUCUGUUUUCAGCAAUAGUGUGGGAAUGAAUGUAUUUUCUUUGAGCAAAUAAAUCAAAAUAGGUAUGUUCUGGAGCAUUGAGGCGAAGAUGUAGGCUGAAACAGAGCCAAGUGGUAAUGCACUUAUCUAGCAUGAAGAUAAAGCAAAGAUAGUUGCAAGGCUUGCAGUUGAUCUCUGGAAUACAAGGGAGGCAGUGGGAAAGUGAUGGAGAAAAAAAUCAAAAAGUACAGUGGAAAUAACAGUGGAGACUGACAAACAGUAUGUGAAGCCAGUAAUGGCAGCCUGAGAAAUGCUUCUUGUGAAGCACAAACCGAGCACUGUUAACGGGGUAAACUGUAUGAGAGGCUGUUCACUUGUGUUUGUUAGGGUGGGCAGACAGCAAGCCCACCAUUUGCCUUCAGUAGUGAUCACUGAAAAGAAGCCCAGUUCUAGGAGGUUGAGGAAAGAACAUUCUUAUUAUGGAUUCCAUUCCUACUGAGAUGUUCUUUCAGAAUCACAUGAGAACCAGAGAAGAACAAAAUUAAAAGAAAUAAAACUAAGAGUUGUAAAGUAUAACCUCUAAGAAAAAGUUCAAGGACUUUAGAUUGUUGAAAUCUGAAACUGAAAGCUGUUGAGCUCUCUUAACCAAAUCGUAAGUUAUUCAGUGGGUUUUACUGAGGUAUCAAAGUCAGAAACGCUAAUGGCAUUCUGAUGAUCUGUAAUGAAGACACCACAGGGAACAAGGAUGUAAAACGAAGAGACAAGACCUGUUCUAAAAACAAGAAAAGAAGACAUGGUGGAUAGAAGGGGACUAGUUGAAAAAGGAGUCAGCAGGAGUAGGAGAGGGUUAAGAGAAGGGUAAUGGGGUGGCUAUAAUCAUAAUACAUUUUAUCGUGUAUGUAACUGUCAGAAAUGAAUAGACAACGUGAAAUGUUUAAGAGGUAAGAAUUUCUUCGGGAGAAUGAUCAUAAAACCUAUUUGAAACCUUAUUUAAAGAUUCUUUCAUACACACUUUUAAGAAUCAGGUUGGAACAAGACUUAUGUAUAGGGCACUAAUGGUGACUUUUGUGUUUCGCUCCAUAUCUAGAAUUUGGCUCACAAAUAGCUUGUGUAUAUUUUGAAUAGUAGGUGCAGGAGUACAGGGAUGGGUGUUCUUUUUAAUUUGCAAAGUGUAUGAGACUUGAACAUACUCGUGUUCAUCUGGAGAAUGCACAGCUUUAUAAGAUAUUGAGAUCUAUUGCAAAUGCAAAGUAUCAACAUUUGAAUGUAGUAACUUAAGACAGAUUCCAAGAGAUUGGAUAUUUUGUGAUGUCUGCAUAUAGCAGUUAGCCCCCCCUCCCAUUUCUUUAUCAAGAUGCUUCUGGAAUUGCUGCAACAGAAACAUUAAGUGGGAGUCUCCUAGAGAAGUCAACAAAUGCUGCUACUAUGCUGCUUAUCCAGAUUUUUCCACUGAUACUUCCAAAGCUUGAAAAAUACAAAUUCCACUUGGAUACCUUUAAUUUCACACCUUUCUUGCUCUACCUCCCUGUUCCCUAGGCAUCCUUCUACCUUCUGUUACUGUGAAAUACUACUACCCUGUUACCUCACUGAUAAGAAUCUUAACUGUGUUCAUUCGGAUGGCUUUAAACUUGCCCGUGAAUUGUUUGUUUAUAGACUUGUUUUAUUGUUGUCAGAAUAUUUGAGACAUACUGUAUGAAGUAACUUUAAUGUCUUUCAAUGCCUGUUUUUGGUUGCCUGUAGAUGGUAUGUAUGGCUGUGGCCUUGUACAAUGCAUUUGUUUUCUGAAUUUGUUCUAGAAACUGAUGAGGAAACAGUUAUACCAUCCAAAGUGGUCAAUUGGUCUAGCAUUU